AUGCCAAUUACUAUAAGAAGAGCUACAAUUGAUGAUAUUAUUUGUAUGCAAAAUGCAAAUUUACAUAAUUUACCAGAAAAUUAUAUGAUGAAAUAUUAUAUGUAUCAUAUACUUUCAUGGCCUGAAUUAUCAUUUGUUGCUACAACUACAGAUAUAACUGUUGAUGAUGAUUUAUCGAAUGAUAAAUCAAAUACUACUUAUGAAGAAUAUAUGACCUUAGAUGAUAAUCUAGGCAAUUCAAUUAAAUUAGAUCCAACUUAUGUGAAACCAGGUGAAAAAUUGAUUGGUUAUGUGUUAGCUAAAAUGAAUGAUGAUCCAGAUCAAUCAGGUGAACCAGCAAAUGGUCAUAUUACAUCAUUAAGUGUAAUGAGAACUUUUAGAAGAAUGGGGCUUGCUGAAAAAUUAAUGAGACAAGCUUUAUUUGCAAUGAGAGAAGUCAAUCAAGCUACCUAUGUCUCUUUACAUGUUAGACAAUCUAAUAGAGCUGCAUUACAUCUAUAUAGAGAUACUUUACAAUUUGAAGUAUUAAGCAUUGAAAAAAGCUAUUAUCAAGAUGGUGAAGAUGCUUAUGCAAUGAAAAAAAUAUUAGAUUUAAAUGAAUUAAAAAUUUCUAAUUUUGCGCAUGGUCCAAAGGAUGAACCUGUUGAAGAUGACUUAAAGAGUGACUUAUUAGAAGAUAUCAUUAGAGAGGGAUUAGAUAAUAUAACUGUAUGA